AUGAAUUAUAUUCAGAUUCAAUCAUAUUUAGGAUUUUGGACAGGUGCAUCUAUCAUGAUGUCUUUACACAAUUUGUUUAUUUCGGUAAUGCUGUACAAAGCUCGUCAGGCAAAUGCUUCGAAUAUACUAAAAAUUAUUUUUAAUUUUGCUCAAAUUGUGCGUUCGGGAGCAAAUUUCGGUCUUUAUAUGACACCAAAAAUAGCUACGUACAUUCAAUGUGAUGCUCUUCUGAGAACUAUAAUAGUCGGAAAUAUUAUGACGAGAUUAUCAUUAUUAGCGUUCUUGAUAUUGCGUUUAAGACAAAUACGUAAUGUACAUAAUUAUAGGUCAGAUAAAUGGAUAAGUAUUAUAUUAUUUUCAAUUAAAGUUGCACUUUCGGUUCCAUAUUUUAUCUUUCAACAGGCAUCUACUGAAUACGUUCCUGAGGUUGAUAUAGUUAGUUGUCAUGUUGACUUUUUUACUCCUAUACCUUACGGUGCUAGUGGAAUUGUCGUGGAAUUUCUUAUCGAUAUAUUUGUAACCUUCCGCUUAGUUCAAAUAUUAGUCAACGCUAAUAAGAACGUUGCUCAAGUUUCAAUAAAUAUUAAAAGCAAACGAUCAGUAUUCACAGCAGUUAUGUAUUGGAAUUUCUUACGACUAUUCGUAUCUUUUGUCUUUCAUUUUAUGGCUGUUUUGGACAUGAUAUACGUCCUGCCUGAAGUAGAAUCAAUUACUAUAAAAAACAUAAUAUAUAUUGCAUUAUCUUAUGUAAUUUCUGCUGAUGCUGAGAUUGUACAAGUCAUUGAAGGAAAAGAGGGAUCAAGUAGUGGCUCAGCAGGAACAGAGAAACCACUCAAUUCAACUCACAGUCAAAUUGAAAAUGAUAAAAUAGUAGUUGCGUCAAUGAAAAAAUUGUCGUUCAAUGAGUGUGCAAAAGUUGUAGUACUAGGGAAACGUCUUCGCAAAAAUGAUGAUGGAGAAGAAGAAUAUGAAGAAGUUAAUGAAUAUGAUUAUGAGGACAUUGAAGAAAUAAUAGAUGGUACUCCAAAAUCAUCUAAAGACAAUAAUCUAGAAAAAGAUCUUUCGAUCGAAUAUUUACUUUUUGUUAUAAGGCUUGAAUUGACGUUCGAGACUCUUGAAAAAGUCUUUACACUUGGGCGAUCCCAUGACACUCAAUUACAAGCGGUGGUAGAUUUUGCUAAGGUAACUAACGCUAAUAGUAGUGAAAUAGAUGCUGGAGUUGGAGAUGAAUCUGCGCCUACUGGUAAAGAAGUAACUGCUGAUGGCACAGGAGUAGGAAGAGAUGUUGUUCGUUUGAAAAAGUUUAGCCAAUAA